AUGGCAGGUGAAAAGGCUGAGAAGCCAGACACUAAGGAGAAGAAACCUGGAGCCAAGAAAGCUGAUGCUGUUGGCAAGGAUAAAAAGGAAGACUCUACGGAUAAGAAACCCAAGAAAGGAAAACCCCACUGCAGCAGGAACCCUGUCCUGGUUAGAGGAAUUGGCAGAUACUCCCGAUCUGCCAUGUACUCCCGAAAGGCCAUGUAUAAGAGGAAGUACACUGCUGCUAAGUCCAAGGUUGAGAAGAAGAAAAAGGAGAAGGUUCUUGCUACUGUUACAAAACCAGUCGGUGGUGACAAGAAUGGUGGUACCAGGGUGGUUAAGCUUCGCAAAAUGCCUAGAUACUACCCGACUGAAGAUGUGCCACGGAAGCUGUUGAGCCAUGGCAAGAAACCCUUCAGUCAGCAUGUGAGAAAGCUUCGAGCCAGCAUCACUCCUGGGACCAUCCUGAUCAUCCUCACCGGGCGCCACAGAGGCAAGAGAGUGGUUUUCCUGAAGCAGCUGAGCAGUGGCUUGCUACUUGUGACAGGACCUCUUUCCCUCAAUCGAGUUCCUCUGCGUAGAACACACCAGAAAUUUGUUAUCGCCACCUCCACAAAGAUUGAUAUCAGCAACGUGAAAAUCCCAAAACAUCUCACUGAUGCUUACUUCAAGAAGAAGAAGUUGAGGAAGCCCAGACACCAGGAAGGUGAAAUCUUCGACACAGAGAAAGAGAAAUAUGAGAUCACAGAGCAGCGCAAGGUUGAUCAGAAAGCUGUGGACACACAAAUUCUACCCAAAAUCAAAGCUAUCCCUCAGCUCCAGGGCUACAUGCGAUCCGUUUUUGCUCUAACAAAUGGAAUUUAUCCUCACAAAUUGGUAUUCUGAAUUUCUUACAAGAACCUAAUUAAAUAACUGAUACAUUUUA